CUCUCCCCCACCAGCACACACGCACGUCUAGUCCCGCCAUAACUAAAGUUAACUCCCAUCUUCAAGGCAAGUCGAACGCUGGCCAUGGGAAAUCCAACACCCAAAGUUAUUAUCGUCGGAGGGUCUAUUACGGGCCUGACUUUGGCGCAUUGCUUGUCCCGAGCUGGCAUAGACCAUAUAGUUCUGGAAAAGCGAGUAGAGAUCGCUCCUCAAGAAGGCGCAUUCAUUGGACUGUGGCCUAAUGGAGCUCAGGUUUUACAGCAACUUGGUCUUUAUGAGAGUCUUGAGACGCUUACCACGCCGGUGGAUCGGAUGCAUAUUUCCUAUCCCGAUGGCUUCACUUUCAGCAGCCUACUUCCAAGAGGAAUACACGAGAGGUUGAACUACCCCAUCGUAUCUUUGGACCGGAAGAAAGUGCUCGAAAUUCUCUACGACCACUAUCCCGACAAGUCUAAGAUUAUCGCGAAUAAGAGAGUACUGGAAGUGAAGCUCUCCCAUGAGGAGGCCACUGUCGUGACAGAUGACGGUCAAUCAUAUCAUGGGGAUCUCAUAGUUGGCGCUGAUGGGGUUCAUAGUCGUGUACGCUCCGAGAUGUGGAGGUUGGCAGACACUAUGAAUCCCGGACUGAUUACUCCGAGGGAGAAGAACAGUCUUACUAUCGAGUACGCAUGCGUCUUUGGAAUAUCGCUGCCGAUAACUGGUCUUCGAAGUGGCGAGCACAUCAACCGCUACGGUGACAAGUUCUGUGUCAUAACCUUUCACGGAAAGGGGGACCGCGUGUUCUGGUUCAUAAUCCAGAAGCUGGAUCGUGUCUACGCCUACUCUGAUGCUCCUCGAUACUCUCCAAAGGAUGCUGCUGCUCUCUGUGCCAAACUGCGCGACGUGAAGCUCCUGGGAGAUGUCACCGUCGGUGAUCUCUGGAAAACCAGACAGGUAGCGUCAAUGAUGGCACUGGAGGAGGGUAUGUUUGAGACUUGGCAUUUCAACAGGAUAGUGCUACUCGGAGACAGCACACAUAAAAUGGCACCUAACAUCGGCCAAGGGGCAAACACAGCCAUUGAGGAUGCUGCUGUAUUGGCUUCCCUGCUUAACCGUCUUAUCAACAAGGGCGCUGCACAAAGUCCAUCAGGGCACGAUAUUGAGAAAAUGCUACAGGAGUAUAAAGCUUUGCGAUUUGAACGUGUGAAAAGCACCUGUGGGAGGGCAAAAUUUGGAGCCCGGUUCCACGCUCGGGACGAUUGGCUCAAAGCUUGGGUUGGUAGAUAUAUAUUUCCACGUAUUGCUAGCCUAGUUGAGAGUCGAGCAUCCAGUGUCCUAGUGGGAGGGGGUAUGAUCGACUUCUUGCCGAUACCCGAGCGAAACACUGGCGGAAAUCCUUCCAAAAGACCUGAUGCAGGCAAGCCCCACCAGCACCAGUGGAAUAUGCUCUGGCUUUCUUCGUUUUUGGUUUUUCUCUCUCUUCCUGUUGUGCACCACUUUUUGCUUUCUUCCUGAGCCACACUCGAUAACUAGUGAAUCAUCUCGGUUAUUUUUUAUUUUUUUC